AUGCAACUCUAUUUCCCUUUCUCAUUCAUUGAAUUCGUCUUCUCUUUCUUUUUUUCGUUCUUCUUUUUUUGGCUCCCUACCCACUCUUUCUUUCCUCUUGUUCGGUCUUUAUUUCUCCUCAUUCUCUCUCUUCCUAAAAGCAAUUCAUCUCGCCCCACACUCAUUUCACCUCCUAUUCACUCGACUUUUACUUUCUCUCUCUUUUCCUAUCUUCCUCUUUUCAGCCUCCUAGCUUUAUUCCUUUUUCUUAUCCUUCUCUAUUUCUUUUUUUCAACUCCUCUCUACACCUCCUUUUCUCUUCUUCUUACUCUCUUUCUUUUCAUUCUUUCUUUCAUUUACUCUUUCGUUCACUUUUCUUUUUUUUUAGAUGUGUUCAUACUUUUCUUUCUUCGAAUUUUUUCUCUUUCCUGUCUCCAUUUUCUUCUUUCCCUUUUUCGUUUCCUUCUUUCUUUCCCUCUCAAUUUUGUCUCUUUCCUUUCUCUUACUUUCUCCCACUUUCUCUACAUUUCUUCCUUCUUACUCUCUUUUUCCAUGUUUCGCCACCCCCUCGUCCUGCAUUAUUUAUUUUCUCUUGAUAUUCCUUCGUCCCUUUCAAUUUUCUCGCUUUUUCAUUUCGAUUUCUUUCUCUCUUUUCUCCUUUCUCUUUCUUUCCUUUAUCACUCAUUUUUAUCACCCGCUUUUCCUUUCGUUUCUUUUAUUCCUUCUCUCUGUCUGUCUGUCUCUCUCUCCCUCUCUCCCUCUGUCUCUUGGCUUUUAUCCUUGGAUUUCUCUCUCCCUCUCUUUGUCUCCCCUCUCUCUCUUCCUCUGUCUAUUGGCUUUUAUCCUUGGCUUUCUCUCUCUCUCUCUUGGCUUUUAUCCUUGGCUCUCUCUCUCCCCCCCCUCUCUCUCCCUCCCUCUCUCUCCCCCUCUCUCUCUCUCUCUCUCUCUUGGCUUUUAUCCUUGGCUUUCUCUCACUCUCUCUCACUCUCUUUGUCCCCCUCUCUCUCUCUUCCUCUGUCUAUUGGCUUUUAUCCUUGGCAUUCUCUCUCUCUCUAUCUUGGCUUUUAUCCUUGGCUUUCUCUCUCUCCCCCCCUCCCCUCCCCUCUUGGCUUUUUUAUCCUUGGCUUUCUCUCUCUCCUCCCUCUCCCUCCCUCCCUCUCUCUCUCUCUCUGUCUUUUGGCUUUUAUCCUUGGCUUGCUCUCUCUCACUAUCUCUCUCUUUCUCUCUCUCUCUUGGCUUUUAUCCGAAGCUUUCUCUCUUUCCCCCACCCUCUUUUCUGACAUUUUUCUCUCGUUCUCUGAUCUAGUUCCUUUAUCCUUCCCCCAUCUCUCUCACUCUCCCCCCCCCUCCGUCUCCUUCUUCCACUCUCACUUCAUGAUUCUGUCUUUUUUCUCACAUCAAACACGUCGUGCUGAUGACUGCAAUCUAGCAGCGAGUAUCAAAUCAUCCGUCCGGAUGAAAAUACCGAGCAACCUAGACCGAGCAACCCAGACUGAGCAACCCAGACCGAGCAACCUAGACCGAGCAACCCAGACCGAGCAACCUAGACCGAGCAACCCAGACCGAGCAUCCCAGACCAAGGAACCUAGACUGAGCAAUCCAGACCGAGCAAUCCAGACCGAGCAUCCCAGACCAAGGAACCUUGACCGAGCAAUCCAGACCGAGCAUCCCAGACCAAGGAACCUUGACCGAGCAAUCCAGACCGAGCAACCCAGACUGAGCAACCUAGACCGAGCAACCCAGACCGAGCAACCCAGACCGAACAACCUAGACCGAGCAACGCAGACCGAGCAUCCCAGACCAAGGAACCCAGACCGAGCAACCCAGACCGAGCAACCUAGACCGAGCAACCCAGACCGAGCAUCCCAGACCAAGAAACCUAGACUGAGCAAUCCAGACCGAGCAAUCCAGACCGAGCAUCCCAGACCAAGGAACCUUGACCGAGCAAUCCAGACCGAGCAACCCAGACCGAGCAACCUAGACCGAGCAACCCAGACCGAGCAUCCCAGACCAAGGAACCUAGACUGA